UUUCCUUCUUCUUCUCAUUUUUCUCCACCACUUCAUUCACUUCCUCCUGUUCUACUACAUACUGUCUAGCACAGAAAUGAGCCAUAGCAACGGAUUAGACCCGUGAGGGGUUGCGUCUAAUGUCAGGCCAUAGGGGCUAAUUGCGGAUGGGCCCUGGGUGCCUGAUGAAGACCCUACUGGGUCGAAACGUUGUAUGAAUUUAAGGAACCUUCAAAGCGGAGCUAGAAUAUAGUGUGCGGACUUCUACUCUUUCUAUCAUCUGACUUGUACCUUGCACAGUUUGCUGAGUGUCACUUCAAACAGAGAGUUGGUGGAAUGUGCUGCAUGGCGCAUCAUGGCGGGGUCCAUCAUAGGGGAGCAGGGUCCUGGAGAAGCUCGGGGUCCAUCACAGGGGUCGUGGAGGGGCGGACAUGAAGGCCUUGGAGCCCAAAGAGCUGCUGAGGGACAGAGCAGGAGAGGAGCAUGCAGACAGCCGACUGCAUGCAGACAUGGAGCCCAAAGAGCUGCUGAGGGACAGAGCAAAGGAAGAGCAUGCAGACAGCCGACUGCAUGCGGUCAUAAAGUCCUCAGAUGAGGCCAAUGACGACGAGAUGGAGAGAGCAGAAGAGAAGCAUCUCUGGCCUCCAUGCCAUGACAGCUAAGGAGCCGGUGAAGAGGCAGCAGCAGCCCCCAGAGGGCGGGUGGGGUUGGGUGGUGGUGGGGGCGCUCUUUGUGGUGUCCUGUCUGGUGUAUGGCCUCAUCCGUAGCCUGGGAGUGUUCUUUGUGGAGUUUGUGCAGUACUUCGGCGAGACCGCUCAGGCAGUGUCCUGGAUCACCUCCAUCGGCUUGGCCAUGCAGCAGCUCUUCAGUCCCUUGGCUACGGCCCUUUGCAACAUGUAUGGAACUCGUCCCAUAGUAAUGAUCGGCGGUCUCCUGUCAGGGCUGGGGUUCAUACUGGCCUCGCAAGCCACUUCCCUCACCCAUCUCUACCUCACCAUGGGCCUUAUCUCAGGUAUUGGCUGGGCCUUCAUCUUCACCCCCACUGUGGGGGCGGUGAUGCAGUACUUCACCCGCCGGCGCUCUCUGGCGAUGGCUAUCGGCUUCACGGGCGUGGGGCUCUCCUCCUUUGCCUUCUCGCCGCUCUUCCAGUUCCUGCUGGAGACGUACGCCUGGCGGGGGGCCUUGCUCAUCCUGGGGGGCAUGAGCCUGAAUAUGGUGGCCUGCGGGGCUCUCAUUCGGCCCGUCACCUUCACCAAGGCCAUGGAAAAGACGGUCCAGAAUUCCUCGCUGCUGUCCCGCCUGUCGGUCUACUUCGAGCUCCCUCUGCUGCUGCAGCGCCCCUUCCUGACCUACGGGGCGGCCAUCACCUUCUUCAACGCCGGCUACUUCGUCCCCUACGUGCACCUGGUGGCCCACAGCCGCACCGCCGGCUUCUCCGAGUACCAGUCGGCCUUUGUGAUCUCGGCCACCGGCGUGACGGACAUCUUGGGCCGCGUGCUGUCCGGCUGGGUGUCGGACCUGGGCCGGCUCCGCCUGGUGCACAUGCUGUGUCUGUGGACGCUGCUGCUGGGGCUGUUCCUGCUGGCGCUUCCCCUGGGGACGAUGGGGGGCUACGCGGGGCUGCUCACCACCAGCCUGGCGCAGGGGCUGUGUUCGGGAGCCAUGACGCCGCUGGUGUUCGCCGUGGUGCCCGAGAUCGUGGGCAUGGAACGCAUGCUGGGGGCCCUGGGUCUGCUGCAGCUCAUCGAGAGCAUCGGAGGACUUCUGGGCGCUCCUCUGUCAGGCUGGUUGAAGGACACCACAGGCAGCUACUCUGCCUCCUUCGCCAUGGCAGGAGGCUUCCUUCUCCUCGGCUCCGCAGUCACCACCACUCUGCCCGGCUUCUGCUCCUGCGCCGUCCCAAAAGCCCACAGUGAUGCAGAGGGAGGCACUCCCAUGACAGAGGAACCUAAGGAGAAAUCUUAGGGAGUCAAUGAUCCACUUAACAUCCCUGUCUGGGAAAAUCUAUCCCACAGAUCCAGACUAUUGCACUGAAACAGGACCAGGGGGGCAGUGAGACGGUGAAAGACUAUACGCGCGUUAACUCCAAGAGGCAAGGUCUGACAUGCCUUAUUGCUUUCUCAGGUGGUUAGGCCAAAUCACUUCUACCCAUGUCUCUCUGUGAUGGAAUGAGGGUUUCACAGUUUUUGUUUUUGUCACUGUUUCGACUCCAAAUAGUCUGGCUAGCAUUACACGUAUUGAACCAUUUUUAAGGUCUAGCAAGGCCCUCCUUCCAGACUAGGUGCAACACUCCACAUUAGAAUGAAGUGAUCACUUCCAAAUGGUGUUUCAGGGACACUACACAAAGAUACAAGGGUAUCUAAUUGCCACGUGUGUUGAAGUAUUGGGAAAGUAUGACACACUUUGACAUACUGGAAUUUCAGUUGAUCUACCUGUACUCGUACUGCAAGUGUGCACAUGUAUGUAUGGUGUGGGGUACUUAUAGUGCAUGACGUGUAGAGUUGAUGGGUGUCUGAGCUGUGUGUGUGUGUGUGUGUGUGUGUGUGUGUGUGUGAGGGGGUGGUCUAGGUAAAGUGCUUUGAGUGGGGUUGGGGUUGUAAGUGUAUUAUGCACGAAAGCCGAAAACUGCCUGAUGACAUUUACGAAACAAAUGUACCACUGGCAAAAAUAUGCCACUGCCUUUAGUGCACAAUUCUGUUCUGUACCAUCCACUUGUACUAAUUUCAUACGCAGGGUCUGAACCUGCUGAUUUCAAGGGGUGAACUGUUGAGGUUUGAAACACUUGCAUCUGAUUUUAGCCAAUCAUAAAUAUGUUUGUGACCUGUAAUCUGUCCUUCAUGAAAUGUGACACUGGGCUCGUUCGUGUUGGCGCAGGAUGUGCAGGCUGCUGCAGUCUGUGCAGCGCGCAUGCCCACUGCGAAAGCGCAAUGCAUUCUGGUUAGGAAUUUCCCAACUGAUCCUGAUUACUACACCAUUUCAGUAGAUGAGUUCAUGGAUGUCAAGACCUGGCUGGCUGAUAAUGCUGUUAUUAUGUUAGCAGGUCUGAUAAAUGGCUAACUGGCCAUGAAACCCACGACAGCUCAGGGAAAUACUACUACAUUCUUCAGUGUUUCUUGUCAGUGACUGCGUUUACAUGCAGUUCAGUAUCCCGAAUAUGAUUGGGAUAUUAAGUAUCCCGAAUUUGCGUUUGAGCAUAUAAACACCUUUUCCCGACUUCAGUAAGGGCUUAUUCGGGAUACUGAGAAAUCGGGAUAUGCUAGGUGGAGUAUUCCGACAGAAGUCGGGAUACUGACGCAUGUGAACACCUUAUUCCGAAUACAGAGGCUUCCCAUAGAACGCUGUUGCUGGUAUCCAGGCUACACGCAUUUGAAGAGAAUUCUAUAACGGCCAAGAAUGUAGACUGGGAUAUGAAGUUCUGUGCUCAUAUAAACACCCUAUCCCGAAUAUGAUCAUAACCGGGAUAUGCCUCAUAUUCAGGAUACCGAACUGCAUAUAAACGCACUCAGUGACAUCCACUACGUAGUCCCAACAUGAACAGCAAUUGCUGAGAGUACACUACAUUGUUAAAGUUGUAAUGUCCUCUGCAGAAUAGUUUAGUAGGCUACUGUAGUAUUAACUUGGAAGCAUGACAUUUCUUUCUUGUGUGUUUUCCUUCAGAAUAGGCACACACUUGGUUCUUGCUGGGAUCCAAAGAUAUUAUGUGAAUGUUGAAAUGAUCUUGACCAUCAGCUUGACAGUGACACUAAACAGAGCAGGGCCGGUUGGAACAUGUGCUGACACAGUGUCAAUCGAUGACAAUCAGAUAUCAGACAAUGUACUGGUAAUUGUCUCCAUUCUCCAAAAGGGAUUCCUUCAGCUUUUCAAGAUGUGGCACCUUCUCCAUCCUUCAUGAUCAAGAUGAGGCCAAGAAGGCUCUUCUCUGCUUCUCAGCCUUUUCAGUGUUUCUUGAGUUCCGAAAUUCAACGUUGCGAUUAAGGUUGCUUAUAUUAUUAUGUGAGUUUAACAGAAAAGAUGCGGUGGGCUUCAAUUGGUGGAGGUUUCAAUCUCUGUCUUUCUUUCAUAUGCUAUCAGAAUAAAUGGUGCUCGAUUGUUUUUUUUUACCUAUUAUAGGCUACAGUACAUGGUGUCAUAGAUAGAUAAUACAGAUUAAGCCCACUUCUGAGUCUUUGGUUAGUAGGCCUAUGUGAGGUUUGGCAAAAGAUAUGACAAAAUGGAAUAAAUAUAUUUGAGAUGAGGGACACGAUACUUACGAUAAGUGCCAUUCUUUUUAAAUAUAUAUAUCCCUUAGGUCUUCUUGGCCUUUAUUUUUGACAGGACAGUGGAGGAGAGACAGGAAAUUAGUGGGGAGAGAGAGACGGGGAAAGGAUCGGCAAAUGACCCAGGCCAGAAUCGAACCUGGGUCGCCAGUGUAGUAACCCAGAGCCCGAACAUUAGUCCACAGCAGGUCCGAUAAGUGCCAUUCUUGACGCAAUAUGGCUAUUGCUGAAAAAUCUUGGUGUCACUGUAGAUAGUGAUCAAAGUUUAAGCACUUACUGUACAUGUUCUCUAAUUUGUGGUCUUUUUCAUUUCAAAAAAUAUUAGUAAAUCAGCUUAUAAGUAGCCGCCAAGACGACACAAGUGAAAAUAUUUUUGGUGUUCCAUGACAUCUUGCAAAACGUUAUCAAGAUCCUACGCAACUCUUGCAUAAUCCCACUUAAUUAAAUAACAUUUAAUUUAAUUUAAUCUUAAAAUCUGGCAGUUGACUGUAUUCCCACUUGGGCGGCAACUCAAGUAUCUUUGCAAAACAUACACUAGGCCCUACAUUUUAUCCUGAUUUUACCUCCAGCAGGAGUGACACCGAAUCUUUUUAGAAUUGAAAGCAAGAAAGGAGAAUUGAAUAUCUGAGGCUAUGAAUCAUCAGAUGUCUCUCCUUCACAGAUUUUUCUUUGCAGAUGUAGGGUUUUGCCCAUAGUGUAAUUAUACAGUUUGUUUAUGAAUUUUUCAUUUUGAGAUAUUGUCUGCUUUACUAACAUUGUGGCCUGUUUGUGAGCGGGUGCGUAUGUUUGUUACAUGCACACAAGUGUGUGAGUAUGAAAAGGUGCGACAGGCAAAUGCGUGUUAGUCUCAAUGUCUCACAAUGUCUGUUAUGAAUCAUGGCUGCUAAAAUAUUGAGUUAAAUGUACAAUAUUGUUAAGUAUGCCAAACAGGUAUUGCAUUGUCUAUCAAACGCACACCCAAGGAUCUGGUCCUUCACUCUGUGUACAGUUAUGACAAAUAGAUUUUGUCUAUUAUUCAAAUGCCUUUGGUGUGUUUGCAGAAUGAGUAAUUUGAGUACGAGUAUAACUGUUCAUCCCUUACUUUGAUUCUUUGACUUGUUGAUCGGAGUCGAGGUGCUGUAUUAGGGCCUCCGCACACCAAUUCUGACAAAGUGCCGACCACUACUCUGCCAACGUUUGAUUCAGCUGUUUUCAAUACAACCCUGCAUACCGGCUGCCCGUUACAGCAGAGCUUUAUUUUGUCAGAGAAGACCCAUGUUUAUCCAUGCUCUGCUCUGAUGAAAUUGACCAUUCAUUGUUUAUCGCACCUCUGCACCAAUGUGCAUGGGUAACCAAGUUGUCGGAACUGCAGUGCUGUCAGAAUCAGCGUGUGGAGGCGCUUAAGGCCACUUUCUUUAAUGUUUACUUAAUGUUCUUGAUUUAAGUCACAAUUUUUGAAUGGAUUGUGGUUUAGUGCUGUUAUACAAACAUGGCCUACCUCUCUGUAUCUUUGAGGUUCCAUCACACUUUUUUGAGCAACUUUUAAUAAAAAAAAUUCACCUCCUUCCUCUAUUUCUCUGCAUAUAUUUACACAGUUCAUUAAUUAAUUCAUUUAUUUUCCAAAGGGCUUCUCAUAACCCACUAUUUGGACAUUUACGUAACUAGGGGGAAGUUUCACCAAAAUAUUGUAGAUGUUUUAAAUUUGUUGCAAAAUUUGCCUUCCGGGGGGGCCCACAGCAACUUUAGCCUAGGGGCCUCAAGCCAUCUUAAUCCAGUCCUGUCAUCCACGGGCCCAUCUGAAGUAAGAGGCUAUGAUUUGAUGCCAUAAAUUGGAGCCAUGGCGUUACAUUUAUCUAUACAGAAGGGGAAGCAAUUCUGCCAUCUUUUAGUGGCUAGUGAGCUGAAUGAAGUCCUUUGCUGCCUUGACCAUUCACCUAAUCUCCUGGGUCAACGAAAUGACCACUGGGUUAACUUAACUCUGAGGAGUCACUAAUUAAAUAGUGCCCCCCAGUGUUUCUUGGAAUGCUGUGGGUCAAGGUCCAGGGCUUACUGGUGGUUUACACAUUUGACGUUGUGAAAUGGGUUUUUGUCGAGUCAUAUUUUUAGUUAGGCAUUGUCAACCCCAGUAAAUGAGACAUGUCCUAGAGUUAGUGAUGGAGGUCAGACUCAUCUCAGAGGGAGACAAGCCUAUAAAGAAGGAAGUCCUGAAACUGGCAGAGAGAGAACAGCCUUGGUCUAAAACCAGGGGUGGGCAAUUAUUGUGUCCCAAGGGCCAAAUUGGGUUUAGAAUAUUGACUCUAGUCCCAGAUUUCGCAGGCAACAUGCCUGCACCAAUAAGACAAGCUGUUAUCUACACUAAACUUUUUGGCCAUUUCACUCCUUCACAUUUACCUGUAGAUGUGGCCUUGAUUAAUCUCACACCUGCAAGACCACUUGCUGUUUUAAGAAAGUUAAGUGAGAAUAUUCGUCGUUUUGAUUCAACAAUAUUGUCUUGUAAAGGCUCCAUGGGCCAGAUGAAAUGACUGGGGGCCGCAUGUGACCACCUCUAGUCUAAACACCAAAAAGAAAACCAAAGGGAUCACCAGCGGCCAGUAGACACACAAUUUCCUGCAGCCCAGGCUCCAUUGAGUGCUUGCUGAUAUAUGGUAUGGCUGCUGCACCACAGUAGAUAAUAUGCU